AUGCUCUCGUUUCACCGCAUCGUUUUCGCCGCCUGCGACAGCUUCCUGCUGCUUCCCGCGGAGCAGCUAUGGAGUCCGGCCGUGCGGUCGGCGUGGUACCUAUUUGGCAUGCUGUACUGCUUCGUGGGGCUCGCUGCCAUCGUGCGCGUCUUCAUGGAGGCCCUCGACCGCAUCUCCAGCACGUACGCCAUGGUGAGUCGGCGUGACCCCGAGACGGGUCGGGAGGAGCGGCGGAUGGAGAAGGUGUGGAACAGCACGGUGGUGAACAUCGCUCUCAUGGCUCUCGGAACCUCCGCGCCUGAAAUCGUCAUUGCUGUCGUCGAUGCCCUCAAACACCUCAACCAGGGACCUGGCGUGCUGGGCGCGGGCACGGUGCUGGGAUCAGCAGCGUUCAACCUGAUGGUCAUCUCAGCUGUCUGUGUGGUCACGCCACCUGCCCAUUCCAUCAAGCGCAUCCAGGCCGUUGGUGUCUUCCUCCUGGAGCUCGCAGCCAGCACGUGGGCAUACAUUUGGAUUCUCCUCGUGCUCAAGGUCUUCUCCCCCGGCCGUGUCACCAUAGUGGAGGCAUGCAUCACGCUGCUCUUCUUCCCGCUCUUCAUCCUCCUCGCGUACGCACAAGACCAGCACUGGCAGCACUGGCAGCACUGGGGGCUGCUCCUUCCCUUCGUGCCCCGCCCCACCCCCCACGCGCCCCGUCGCGGCUCCCUCACUCGCUUCAAGAACUACGGCAGCAGGGAGGCGCUCAUAGGUCCUUCUGCUGCUCAGGGUGCCAGUAAGCAUACUGCUGCUGGUGGAAAUGCGUUUGCAGUUGGUGCGUGGUGGCAUGCGCUGUGGGGAGGAUCUGGAAGCGCAGCAGUGGAUGCGGCGGGAGGGAGAGGAGUGGAAAGGGUGGGGAAGAGCAACAAUGAUGGUUUGGGAGCGGUUGGGGGGGAACAGGGAGAGGUGGAAAUGCAGAGAGGGGCUGACGCAGCAAGCACAAGCAUUGCAGGACGGAUGGAAUCCGAGCAGCAGCAGCAGCAGCAGCAGCAACACGAGGAAGCAUCAGAAAGCAUUUCAAUGGAGCCGGUCCCAGCUGAGGAAGGGAGAUUUGGAGCAGGCUCUAUGUCCUACUCCCUCAACGUUCCACCAGCAGUGUCAGCAGUGCCUCAGAGGUCCAGCAGUAGCAACCUGCGGCGCCGGUCAGCUGCUGGAAUCUCCAAUGUUGCUGCCAUGCAGCACGACUCACCCGAUCAGUCCCUCUCGCGUCGUCUUGGACAACACUUGUGGCUGCGCUCGCAGCUCCCCGGCCUCACCCAUUCUCCAGCUCCUGCUGUCCGACCGACACCGCUUUUCUCACCAGCCCCACUCGUUCUCAACCCACCACAGCAGCAGAAACAGCAGCAACAGCAGGAACGGCGGGAGAAAGAGGAGAAGGCGGAGGGGCAUGCGAGUGGAAGCGGGGCAGCUGGCGAUGGGCGAGUGAGGCUGAGAGCAGACGACGGGGGUACUGUGGACCUGUUACAAGGUGGGCUCGCUAGGGAGCCGUGGACGUUGUUGGUGCGUUUGGGAGAGAAGGAGGUGUGCCGGCUGGAGCACACUCGUGCAAGCACCGACGGAUUCAGCAGCAGUCCUGCAAGCAAUCCUGCAAGCUGCACCACUUCUUCUCCAGUCCAUGCCCUCAACUUCCAAAUGCCCACUGCAGAAGCGCUGCAUCUCCAGCUGGAGCUGACUGUGUCUCACCUCCCUCACGUCUUGAGCAGCAGCAGCUGCACGCAUGCACGACGGCUGCCCACGUCAAACCCCCAUGCCAUGGCACCACCCCUGCAGUCCAGCUCAGCAGCAUCUGUUGAUGCUGGCAUCGCAUCUGCGGCCCUCGUGGACCACUCGUUACAAUCACAGUCACCUUGGUUCACGGCAGUUGCUUCACUGGUACCCCCUUCAACACAGUCACACACUGAGUACACAUCUUCUUUGCAGUUUGAAAACACGAGUGGGGCAGGGAGGAGCUGGGGUUGUGGGGAGGAAGGUUGCUGUGUGGGGGGUGACGUGAGGGCAGAGCUACACGUGGGAGUGCGAGUGGAAGCAGAGGAGGGGAACAAGGUGGCGGAAGUGACAAUCAGUGUUCUGGCUUUGCGUUUUGCACUGCAGGAACAGCGUGGAAAAGUGGGGCUGGGUGCGCUCAGCACAUGCGGAGAGCCGACCUCCUCUGCCCUUCCAAGCAGUCCGGGACUGGGGGAGGUGUGGCUGCAGCAGAUAGAGAAGGCAAUCUCGGUCCCGCUGUCGGGACACCAGAGGGGCGUGUCACUGCUGGGUCUUGGAGUCCACUUCAUCUCCUUCUACUGGAAGCUCCUCUUCUCACUCAUCCCUCCACCCUCUCUCAUGGGUGGCUGGCCAGCCUUCAUCCUCUGUCUCUGCUUCAUGGCUGGCAUUUCUUUUUUGAUUGAGGAGUUCGCGAGGCUGUUUGCGUGCACGUCAGGCCUGCACCUCUUCUCGGUUGCCAUUGUCUUCGUGGCUAGUGGGACCUCUGUGCCUGACCUCCUUGCGAGCAGAACGGCUGCCAGACUGUCACCCUCUGCUGACGUGGCCAUCGCAAACAUUACUGGUUCAAAUGCCGUGAAUGUCUUCGUGGGUCUUGGCCUGGCAUGGCUGAUCAAGGCAGGUUAUGAGAAGGCAGUUUCUGGCGACUCGCUAUUUGUCCCACACCUUCCAAAUCUGGAGGUUUCGGUCAUAGCUUUCCUGUGCACCACCGUAGUAUUCGUUAUCAUCAUGGGUUUGAGGCGUAACCUCGCUGGUGGAGAACUUGGGGGUGCCAGGGGAUGGGCUUGGUUAGCAUUCAGCUUAUUCAUCCUCUCCUGGUGUGGCUUCCUUGCUGUAACGGCUGUGAUGAGUCAGCAGCAGUAA